ACGCGUUAGUACAUUUUCAUAUAACUGCUGUUUCACCCCGAAAUUUUGUAGCUCGUUGUUAUUGUUAAUUUUAUGGACUCCGCACACCGUACUUAAUGAACGCCACACUCAAUUCCGCGGGCGGCAAGCGUCAGCUGCGCUUUCGCGGCGACGUCACCGGCAGCCGAGUGGAGGAACUGCAUCAUCAGCAGCAGGAGGAGCAGAAGCAAAAGGCGCCGCUCGCCCAGGAUGACGUUGCAGCGACGCCGACUGCGACGCCGGCAGCGGGCUCAGCGCAGCAGCGACUGCAGAGCGGAACCGCCGAAACCUGCACAAACACAUUCUACGACUUCUUCAAAGUGGAGAUGACACGCGGCUAUAUGCUGGAGCACGACGAGGAGCGCUAUUCGGCGCGUAGGCAGAAGAUCUACAGCUUCAUGCGCAUACCGCGGGAUCUGGAGCGAUUCAUGGUGUACGGGAUCAUGCAGUGCGCCGACUCAUUUCUCUACAUUCACACUUUUCUGCCCGUCCGAUUUGUGAUGGCCGUUUGGGCCCUAGUUUCCAGGACGGUGGCAAGAAUCUUUCGACUACGCAGCAGCGGACAAAGGCUGCUAUCGCCGGCGGAGAUCUGUGAUCUGCUGAAGGGCGUCAUCUGGAUGACGGUGACGCUGAUAAUGCUCCUGGUGGACACGAAUCGGGUGUACCACAUCAUCAAGUCACAGUCGAUCAUCAAGCUGUACAUAUUCUACAACAUGCUGGAGGUGGGCGACCGGCUGUUGUCCGCUUUUGGUCAGGACACGAUCGAUGCUCUCUUCUGGACGGCGACAGAACCAAAGAAUUCCAAGCGAGAGCACUUUGGAGUGCUUACGCACGUUCUCUUCACGCUAAUCUAUGUCUUCUUGCACAGCGGACUGAUCAUGUUUCAGGCCACCUGUUUGAAUGUGGCGGUGAACUCCAACAACAAGGGCCUGCUGACCAUCAUGAUAUCGAAUAAUUUCGUGGAGCUCAAGGGAUCCGUGUUCAAGAAGUUCGACAAAAACAACCUGUUCCAAUUGACCUGCAGCGAUGUACGAGAGCGAUUCCAUCUGUCUGUGCUUCUGUUCAUUGUGGUCAUCCAGACCAUGAAGGAGUUUGACUGGAGCAUCACCCAGUUCUGUGUAAUGCUGCCCGACUGCUUUGCCGUGCUGUUCACGGAAAUUCUGAUCGAUUGGGUGAAGCAUGCGUUUAUCACGCGAUUCAAUGAGCUGCCGGAGAGCAUCUACAGGGAGUACACGACCAGCUUGGCCUACGAUAUGACCCAGACGCGGCAAAAGCACGCAUUCUCAGAUCAUUCGGAUUUGGUGGCCAGACGCAUGGGCUUCAUUCCAUUUCCGCUGGCUGUGGUCCUGAUAAAGGCCAUCUAUACAGCGGUCUCUUUCGAGAAUCUAGCCGCCUGGCUGCUCUUCCUGCUGGCCUACUUGUUUGCCAUGGGCUUGCGCAUUUGCCUGACCAUCUGUGCGCUGGGCAAGGCCUGCAAGCUAAUGAAGGAACAUCAGACCGAGCGCAACAGUUCUACACCGAGUAGCAUGACCAAUGUGCCGGUCAUAGGCGCAGCUGCUCCUGUCUCAGCGGCUGCGACGGGCGGACAGAAUCACAAUAAUAAUAAUAACAACAAUAACAACAGCAUUAGCAUUGGCUCGAAGCCAGCCCAAGUGACCACACUGUUGACCCCGCCCAGUGCUGGCCAUCUCGAUGUGAGUAAGAAUUUCUCGCGCACCUCAAUCGCAUCCACAUCCACGCCAAAGAAGGCGGUCAGUGAGCAGGAGCUGGACGUGACCAACUCCCUGGAACUGGGCGCCACAGCUCUCUUCUCCAACAGCGAUGUGGAUUUGGACGAUGUUUGCCUCAACGAGCAGGUGACCAACACCAAUACCAGUUCAGCCGUCCAGGAGGUUUACCAGGAGCAGGACCUGGUGCGCAGCCAACCGGAUUUGAUGCUGCUCAACAAUUCCGGCGACGGAGUGACAAGUGCCAAGGCUAAGAAGGCCACCCAGCGAUUGCCCAAGCGAACGCACAAGCGUUCCGAAUCGGAGCCGGGCAUGCCCAGCAUGGUGGAGAAGGGCGGAGCUGCUGGUAUUGCGGGAGGCAACCAAACGACACAGCUGUAGCCAUAAAUCGAUGCUAAUUUAUUAUUAUAUUUGAUUUUAUCCUAUACGUAGUUGCAUUGUUUGAUCUUUUAGGCGGCGCUUAGUUGCUCUUUUUCGUAUAAGUAUAAGUGGAGAACUGGAUUUGAAAAAUGUACUUUAGAUCGUAGCCAAAAUUAUGUUCGCCCUGGAAUAUCGAACUGUGCCUCAAUAUCCUUAAGAUGGUGUGUGGUACCAUGGUAUUUCUAUGAACUUUAUAAAUUCGUUUAUUGCGAUGUCACAUUUUGGCUGUUUCCGAGCCCUUGCAAAAUAAAAACACUCAAUAGCUUUUGUCCAAACUAUUUGUUACCACUAGGUGGGGUGAUCCAUUUUAUAAACUUAUUUAGUUCACUAUGGAAUAAUAGUAGAAAGUUAACUUUGCUAUUGUACAUAACAUUCUAU